CUCCUAACUUCAAAAGCCCCGAAGGAGAGCAUGAGAAGAAAACAAAUAACACAGCUUGUCUACGGCAUCAUACCUUAUUAUUCUUGAGCAGAUGCCAGGAUCCAUGGACUCCCCGCCAUGAGCACGAUCCCUGAACUUCCUCAAAGUUCCGAGCCAUUAAGCUUCACUCGUCGAGCCAAGCCACUUGGCAUCUUGGGAGAAGAUCUCAAACACGAACAGCAGGUUCCAUUGAACCAGCACACGAGUGAGCCAAGGCUUUGUCGUUGGGGAUCCACGACCCAACUGCCCAGACACCGAACGAGGAGACAUGUCCAAGACAGCGAGCAUAUCGAGGCUCGACUUCUUUACUAUCCAUAAAUGGAAAGUCAACUUGCUACGGUCCCUCAAACGGGCAGUGCUUGCAAUUUCUGUUGCCCGAUAUCUUUGAAAAGAUUUCUGCAUCCAUAAAGGAUCCGAGAACGAUCAACAUCUCGUUCAUUCGCAUUGUCAAACUUCCUAUCUUGGCUACAUCGAUCUUUGAAUGCCUCGGUUUAGAAGCUUUGUGAGAAGAUUCAAAUUUCGAGCGAGAAACACCUGGAUUGGGAUUCCUUCCAGCGAAUGCUUUCCUCCCAGAUAUGUUGGCAUUGCGUAAGUCCCAAAAAAGAUUCUCAAAUUUUAGUUGCAACACUGAGCGAGUGCUCUGACUUUGGUGAGUUUACGAGAAUCAAGGUUAUGGUGCAUUCAUUCUUGGUGUUAGGGAAUUCCGAGUCGCUGUGGGAGCUUUCUUGGGAAUCCCGGAGUCAGUGUCAUUGCCAAGUGCUUAAGCCGAGACGAGAGAACGGCCACCUCGAGAGUAAUAUCCCCAGGUCAGAAACUAGUUCCUUGGAAUCAUUGAUAUUCCUCCGGGACUCUAUGCACCUGUAAUUAUCUCUUUGGUUUUCGCAUAUGUAUUUACAAAAUGAUUGCUCCAGAAAUCACUCCUCUGCCAGGUGUCCAAAAAGGCUCAAGAGACACGGUGCGACGAGGUAUAAUUCCACAUCACACUUCAUCUGUCAGUGUAUACUUUACUCUUAUCCUGAGUCCUCUGUAUAAUUUCAUAUGAAGCUGCUAUUCCUAUAUUACAGUUCUUCAUAACUUCGACUCCGUCGUGUUACCAAGCUUCUUCCGCAAUCCUUCACUUGCCGCAGUACGUCUCGAUCAAGUUCCAGAAGGGUCCAAUACGGCCUUCAUCGUCCAGCAUUGGUUACAGAAAUAAGAUGAAGUGAGGGGCAGUAUCUCAGUUCAUGUCGCUUCACUCUCCGGCGCGCAUUUCCGUACUUCGUGGGAUAUCAUGCCCAAGCUGAGCAAACAAUUUCUAAAAGUAAUAUGCUAAUACAAUCUGUUAAGAAUCACGCUCGUGGCAAGGAUCAAGUUCAUCAUCAUCGGGACCAUACGCCCUACCGUGAAGAACGUGGGAGAAGCCACACUGGAUUAUCCUUCCUCUCCCUGCUAGAAAAUCAAGCAAUUUGUAUCCCUGCUAGGCUUCGCUGAUCUGAAAGCUUAAUGGCGAGUUCGUGCCCUUCAUUUGAUAAUGCGGCGCAGCUUGGGGAGAGUAAGCUUGUCGGGUAUGAAGUGGAUACCCGAUUAGGAAGUCCACAAAGCUAAGCUUCCCAGGAUGAGCUAUGUAUGGUUGUCUGUUGAUGAGAUUGGCCAUCAGUCGUCACUAAGAACGAGACAUGAAAUGAGUAUUUAUACUACAAUGCUCUCAGCUCAAAAAUAUGAUGCAGCAAAUUGAAUUGCCUUUCAAGUGCUCCAAGCAAACCAUCACAUUAUGAAGUUCUCAGUAAAAUUUCUGUCAGCGUCCCUGGCUGUUGCACAGCUCUCCCCUGUAGUGGACCCCACCAAUGGAACUAUGGUCCAGCUCAGCGCCGACUCUGAUUUCCACUUCGAGAUCCUGCGAGAUAUUUCCGCAGCCGGCUACGGUGGCGGUGACAUUUCCGAAGUUCUCAUCGCCGCUGCUCAAAUCCAACACGGAAAUUUCACAAGUUACUACAACUCAUUCCUGAAUCUCGCCAACCGCGUGCUCGCUCAGGCCCAGAAGAUUGACAGUCGCAAGUUCCCUGUCUCUGCAAGUGACACGCUUUUCAGGGCAGCAACGUACCUCCGAUCAGCAGACUUCUACCUCCAUGGAAACCAAGACGACCCACGUAUUAUUUCACUCUGGAAUCAACAGAUCGCUGCUUUCGAUACUGCCAUUUCCCUUCUUCCCAUUCCAGGAAAACGCGUAACCAUCAAGGCCAAGAAUUUCACGAUCCCGGCUGUAUAUUUCCGAGCAGGGACAACCUCGAAGAAAAUACCAACAGUUAUCAUCGGAGGAGGCUAUGAUGGUGGCCAAGAGGAGCUCUACACACAGAUGGGAGUCGCAGCUCUCCAGCGCGGAUGGAACGUUAUCACUUAUGAAGGACCUGGACAAGCGAGUCCACGACGCUAUCAAGGAUUGGGCUUCAUAACCGAGUGGGAGAAGGUCGUUACACCCAUAGUCGACUGGCUGCAUACAAGACAUGAAGUAGACACCGCAGCGAUUGCAUUGGUGGGACUAUCGUUUGGAGGGAUACUAGCUCCAAGAGCAGCAGCUUUUGAGCAUAGGCUCGCAGCUACCUUAGCAUUCGAUGGGAUCUAUGAGUUCGGGCCGCAGUUUCUUAAGGCAUUCCCUCCUGCUCUAAAGUCGAUUUUCGAGACCGGGAAUCAGACUGCUUUUGAUGGAGCCAUUGCAGGAUACCAUGCUGCUGCCGAGGCAGCAAAUACGGCCAGCCAGUUCCGGUGGUUUAUUGACCAGGGGACUUGGUCGUUCAAUACGAAGUCGCCGUAUGAGUGGAUGGCCAAGUUACAGACGUAUACGUUGGAUGGUGUUGUUGACAAGAUUCCUGGGCCGGUGUUUGUGGCGGAUUCGGCGACUGAUACGUUCUUUGCAGGUCAGGCGGCCAAACUGGCUGAUAAGCUUGGGAAGAGAGCUACGUACCAUUUAUUCAAGAAUGAUACUGGAGUAGGGCAUGCUGGGAUUGGAGGGUUCAGGAUGCAGAAUCAAGUAGCCUAUGAUUGGCUCCAGUCUGUUUUUGAACGAUGA